CCAACCACCGCACUCCACCGUGGCCCAUGCCUGAAUAAACAAGUCGAAUCACUCCAGCAAGGCAGCAAGCGCCCUUCGCCGUGUUCGUCCAUAUAUACCCAGCCUUCCGCUUCCUUGACCUCAGCUCAGCUCGGUAACUCGCACCCCUUUUCUUCACUUCUUCCUCACACCGAAAGCAGCUUCGCACAGCUAAGCUCCGUCCCGGCCUUGCCAAAUAUACCAUGGCGGCGACCGUGGUCUGCUCCUUCUUCUUCGACGCCGAACCGGUCGGCGAGUCCGGUAUGCCGGCGCAGGACGCGUGCGCGCUCUGCGCCAAGUCGCUGGCCCGGAACAACGACAUCUUCAUGUACAGAGGGGACACCCCCUUCUGCAGCGAGGAGUGCCGCCACCAGCAGAUGCGGCUCGACGCCGUCUGCGAGAGGCACGCAGCGCGGAGGAUGCAGCGCUACUCGUCGGCAACAGAGUCCCAUCGCGAUCAGCGAGAGUCCAGGAAGGUGUCAAUCGCGAGCUAGUAUUGUUACAAGCAAAGCAACAAGAUCGUGUAUUCUGAAGACCGCCAAUUUGGGGAGGCAUCGGAUGCCUCUACUGCUCUUGCGUGAGCGUAAGCCGGCGUUGCGCCUCGGCGCCGCCUACGGCUACAGGGGCUUUCCCGUGUAGCUUUCCCGAGAUUUGUCCAUGGCGAGUUAAUUAAGCUGCGCGGAUGGGUGGGUCUGUACUCUGGACGUGUUGUGCCCACGGAUUGUUUUGUUUUGGUUGGAAACCAAAUAGAACAAUGCCGUAGAUCUGAAGAGAUCAAUCAAACCUGAUUCUGUUCGUGCGCCA